AUGGGUUCCAUGCAAAGACCAGUCAGAAUCGCAAACUGCUCAGGCGCAGUACCGGAUCCUGGCUACCAGAUGUACAAUCAAGCCAAAUACGGUCCCGUCGAUGUAAUCACAGGAGACUACCUCGCAGAAAUCAACCUAGGCAACGAUGCCGAAGCCAUGUCCAAAGGCGAACACCCCGGCUGGAUCCAAACCGCCUGGGACGGCAUCGAACAAACCGCCUCCCUCCUCGACUCCAAACGCAUCAAGCUCGUCAUCAACGGCGGCGCCCUGAACCCCAAAGGCCUCGCAGAGAAAGUCCACGAGUUCUGCAAAUCGCAGAACCUCAACCUCAAAGUCGCCUGGGUCGAAGGCGAUGAUUUGAUGCACAGGAUUGAUGAUAUCUUGAAGUCUCAAUCGUCGUUGCCGCAUCUUGAUAGGGAUAAUGGGAAUGUUCAGCUGGCGAAAGAUACUCAGGUCUUUCUUGAGGAUCGGGAGCAGAAUAAGAUCGUCUCUGCGAAUGCGUACUUGGGCGGGAGAGCGAUUCGCCGUGGACUCGAAGAGGGAGCUGAUAUCAUCAUCUGUGGCCGUGUCGCUGAUGCUUCUCCUGUGAUCGGUGCUGCGGCUUGGUGGCACAGUUGGGCUUCCGACGAUUUCGACGCUCUCGCUGGGGCCUUAGUCGCUGGACAUCUGAUCGAAUGCUCGAGCUAUAUCACCGGGGCGAACUUCAGUGGAUUCUUUAAGCACGACAUAGCCGAACUGCUCAAUCUAGGCUUUGGCAUCGUCGAAGUCGACGCAAACGGCGACUGCAUCGUGACCAAGCACGAGGCGCUCAACGGCUUCGUGAACGCAGACACUGUCAAGUGUCAGUUUCUGUACGAACUCCAGGGAAACAUCUACCUCAACAGCGACGUCAAAGCCGACACCACUCACAUCUCCAUCGAGGACGUCGGGAAAGAUCGAGUCAAAGUCUCCGGUAUCAAAGGCCACCCGCCCCCUCCAACGACCAAACUCGCCAUCUUCUAUAAGGGCGGAUGGCAGUGCGAGCUAUUGCUGAAUGCGAGUGGGUAUGCGACGGCCAAGAAGUUUGCUCUUCAGGAAGCGCAGUUGAAGACGAAGCUCAAAGAUUGGGGGGUCCUGGAUAAAUUCGACAUCCUCGAUUUUCAAUGGGUUGGAAGGCCGGAGUCGAACCCGUCUUGCCAAUUGGCGAGCACGACGUAUCUUCGCGUGUUUGCUCAGGCCCAGGAUAAGGACGUCGUUGCCAAAGUUCUGCCUGCUUGGGCGACGAACUCGAUGCAGCAUUUUGCAGGAUUCCAUUGCUCACUUGAUCUACGAACAGCCGCCCCGAAGCCCUUCCUUGCCUUCUAUCCCGCAAUCCUAGAACAAUCGGAACUAGACGAGGCCGUCAGUAUCAUCGGCGAGACCAACUCACAAGUCCAAAGGUUCGCUGUCGGACCGCCUGAGAAAUCAGAACCCCUCGAGCCGAGAGAAGACUACGAGACCAGCAAUCCAAUAGGCCUAGAGUCCUUCGGCGAAACCGUCAUGGCACCACUGGGGGACAUCGCGCUCGGUCGAUCAGGCGACAAAGGCGCAAAUGUCAACUGCGGUCUCUUCGUCCACACCCAAGAAGAAUGGGAAUGGUUGCGGACUCUCAUGACGAAAGCUAAGAUGCGCGAAAUGAUGGGCACCGACUGGAAACACUGGUAUCACCUCGAGCGUGUCGAGAUGCCAGAGAUCAAAGCCGUGCACUUCGUCGUCUAUGGACCUCUAGGGCGAGGUGUGACCAGUUCGAGGUUGCUGGACAGCUUGGGCAAAGGGUUCGCUGAAUUCAUUCGCGAUGUGCAUGUGCCGAUACCCAAGAAGUUUCUCGAUAGUAGAUCGAAUCUGUAG